AUGACCGCUCAAGAUGACCAAACCUCGGCUAGGAAUCGUCGCAAUUUUCGUCAAAGAAAUCCCUUCGGGGAUGAAGAUGUUCAGGUUGUAUUCGCCGGUCUUGGAAUAAGUAGCAACUUCCAACGGCGAUUAAAUUCUAGUCGUCGUACUGCUUUGUUUUGUCACAAUGACAUGUUGAAACAUUCCAAUCCUUUACAUGAUGAUUGCCCCGAAUGUCCAGAUAGAUUAAGAUCCACUUUUCAAAAGCUGAUUGAAUAUGAACUACUCCGUCGGUGUCUUUUAAUACAGCCCUCAGCAAUAGGAACUGAAUUAUUGCGGUUUAUUCACGCGCAGUCAUACAUUGAUGCAGUCGCUUCAACUGAGGAAAUGGCUGACAGUGCUAGGCAUCAAUUCAUGCAGAAGUUUGAUUGUGCCUACUUUAGUAAAGAUACUAAUAUUGCGGCUAGAUUGGCAGCUGGUUCAUUAACGCACGCAGUUGACAUUGUGACACGCGGAGAUGUUCGAAAUGCCUUCUGUCUUGUCAGACCUCCUGGUCAUCAUGCAAUGAAAGACGAAGCUUGUGGCUACUGUGUCUUUAAUAAUGUUGCGAUUGCUGCUAAACAUGCUUUAACCCAGCUUGUAGCAAACAGAAUAUUGAUUGUUGAUUGGGAUAUCCAUCAUGGCCAAGGAACUCAGUAUGCCUUCUACAAUGAUUCAAAAGUUCUCUACUUUUCCAUCCAUCGAUAUGACAAUGGCGAAUACUGGCCAUCCUUGCGCGAAUCUGACUAUGAUUUUGUAGGUCAGGGUCAAAGCUAUGGAUACAACAUCAAUGUUCCACUCAAUGGAAAAGAUUACACAGAUAUCGACUAUUUGACUAUAUUCAAUGUUCUCCUUAUGCCAAUAGCUUAUGAGUUUGGUCCUGAUCUCGUAAUCAUUUCAGCCGGUUAUGAUUGCGCUUUAGGCUGUCCAUAUGGAGGUUUCAUUUUGUCUCCAGCUGUUUUCGCUCAUCUUACAAGUCGACUGAUGGCUCUCGCCGAUGGGAAACUUAUUUGUGCAUUAGAGGGCGGUUAUGGGUUGGAAACCCUCAGUGACUGUGUUGCUCAUACCGUUUCUGCACUCUUGGGAGAUCCGUUACCAACACUUGAUCCUCUAAAGCCAUUGCAUCCUGGAACUCGAGAGGCCAUACGAAACUGUGUAUCUGUUCUGCGGGCGAAAUGGAAAUGCCUUGGCGUAUUCCCAAUUAAUCAAUCUCUUCCUUUAAAAGAUCUUAGUUCUCUUGCGCUAAAUUCUUGGAAAACAGUCAUGGUACCAUCAACGGCUGUUGAUCCCUUUGAGAGGAGUGAAAGCGAAUUGAGCGCUGAUAAGGCAAAGCUGGAGGAACUCAGAAAAUCGUACAGAUUUACUGCUUUAACUGAUCUGGAACGAGUAUGCUUGGUCUAUGAUAGUCGAAUGGAGAAUCACAAACCUGAGCAAGAACGGUACCUCGAAUGUCCAAAUCGAACUCGUCGAGCUUACGAACUACUAGAAGAAUAUGGUCUAGCCAGACGUUGCAGGCGAACUGAUGCCCGUCUAGCCACAGACGAUGAACUACUUCGUAUUCAUACCCCUGAGUAUAUUGAUGAGCUCAAAAAAACAGCUUCAAUGUCUCAGAAUGAGAUUGAUGAGUAUGCUAAACAGUUUCAGUGGGUAUAUAUGAAUAAGCACACAUUUGAUUCUGCUUCACUAGCUGGUGGAUCCCUUCUUGCUGUAAUUGAUGAUGUCUGCAAUGGAGAAUCCCUGCACGGAGUAGCUGUGAUACGGCCUCCAGGCCAUCAUGCCGAAAGGGAUUGCUGCAUGGGCUUUUGUUUUUUCAACAACAUAGCGCUCGCGGUGCGGCAUGCUCAAGAGGUUCAUAACCUGCAAAAAAUUGCGGUUGUAGAUUGGGACAUACACCAUGGCAAUGGUAUUCAGCGUAUCUUUGAUGAUGAUCCUAGUGUGCUUUUCAUCUCAAUUCAUCGGUUUGAUGGUGGCCAAUUCUUACAAAACUCAUCCGAUGCUUCAGCUGAUCAUGUUGGUGUUGGAGAGGGUGAAGGAACGAAUAUUAACAUUCCUUGGAACGGGCGUAAUUUACGUGAUGGUGACUUCAUAGCUGCAUUUUUUCACAUUGUGCUUCCAACCCUCUAUGAAUUUCGACCAGAUCUCGUUAUUGUAGCUGCCGGUUUUGAUGUUGUUCGUGGAGAUCAUUUGGGUGGAGUUAGUGUUUCAGUGGAAUGUUUUGGUCACUUAACUCAUCAUUUGAUGGGCGCUGCGUCAGCUCUCUCAAGUCGAAGAUGUGGUCUAGUUCUAGCUCUGGAGGGAGGAUAUAAUAUCAACGUCACUUCUGAGGCUCUUAGUCAUUGUGUUGCUUCACUGCUGUCUGAUCCUUGUGUGCGUCUGCCUGGAAGCCAAGUACCCACAGAAAAUCAUGGUAUUUUCCUUUCAGGUCCGCUAAAUUGUCAUUUGGAUCAAACAACAGUUAGUACAAAUCCAUUUAUCACAACCAAUUCAACGAUCACUGUGGGGAAUACUUCGACUACUCGAGCGUCAAGUGAAACUACAAUUCCGCUAACAGCCACACCUAACGUCACUACGAUUGCGUCCUUUGAAUCUACUGAUUUUUCUGCCGAAUCAUCGUUUCUCUUGCAUACUGUGUCGAUAUCUACCUAUCCGAUGGAAACUACUAAUGCUUCAUUCACUGCCACAGAUUAUCAACAGGAAGAAGUCAUUACACUGUCGCCAACUCCAGCUCAUAAUGAAGAACAUUUCUUGCUCUUAACUAAAUUGUUUAAUUUAGCCUAUCCUGCAUCCCAGAGUCUCCUUACUUCCACCCAGCCCUCUCAACCCCAACCGUCUGUGUCGACAUUAACACCAACUGCUGAUGCUCCAGUGCCUGGACCUUCAACAGCACAUUCCUCGUCGAGCCAAAUCAGUUUGGACGCUAUGCGUCAGCUUGUUGAAUUUUCUGAUGUUGGAAUCGAGGAUCUGAAUACCUUUCUUGGACUUAAUUCUACUGAUCCUGUACCUGAUCGUCUGUUUGCUGUGGAGCCGAGUCUCUGGUGUCCUCAUCUGGACCUCGUUGAAUCGGCUGGUCAGUGGCGUCCCGAUAUUAAUCGUCCUUGUUCACGAUGCGAUAAUCGUCAGGAAAAUUGGGUCUGUCUUACCUGUUAUGAGGUGUACUGCGGUCGCUAUGCCCAAGGACAUAUGUUGCAACACUACAAUACUUCGCAACAUCCCAUUGUCCUGAGUUUAGCCGAUCUUUCUGCUUGGUGUUAUGUCUGCAAUGGCUACAUUCAUAACGAGAUGAAAGCAAAACCUCAAACCACUAGUGCACCACAGACUUCAUGUUUGGAUGAAGCGAAAUUCGGGAAGGGUACAGGAAUUUGUUUUGAUGAACGAAUGGAACAACAUCGUCACGAGUGGUUUCUCGACGAGCAGGAAUGUCCAGAACGUGUUGCUCGACCCCUCAAAUUAAUGGAAGACCAGGGUCUUAUAUCUCGAUGCACGCGCGUACCCGCUCGUCAUGCAACAGACGAAGAACUCCUUAAAGUUCAUUCUAAAGACUAUAUUGAGCUUGUUAAAAGUUCGGCUAAAAUGGGUAAAGAUGAGCUAUAUAGUCUCUCCGGAAAUUAUGACGGGGUCUUCUUUAAUUCGCAUACCUGGGAAGCCAGUAGUCUUGCCGCAGGAUCGGUAACAGAACUGGCUUCCCAAAUUGCCAAUGGUAAAGUUGCGAACGGUUUAGCUCUGGUUCGUCCUCCUGGUCACCAUGCAAUGUAUGAUGAAGCCUGUGGGUAUUGUAUCUUUGGAAAUGUGUCCAUAGCAGUAGCUAGUCUUUUGGACUCUCUACCCCUGUCUCUCUACAACCCUAUUCCGUCCAAAGUUAGGCCACUUACUUCAACUACAUCUCCUAAAAACUCGCUCCGGAGUCCUCGUUUUAAGCGCAUUCUUAUCAUUGAUUGGGAUGUACAUCAAGGACAGGGAACACAGUAUAACUUCUACAAUGAUAAUCGAGUUCUUUUCAUUUCCAUGCACCGCUACGAGUGCCAGAAAUUUUGGCCAAUGCUAAGAGAAGGCGACUACGAUUUUAUUGGCGAUGGCAUAGGCCGUGGUUUCAACAUCAACAUACCUUUAAACAAGACUGGAAUGACUGAUGGUGACUACCUGGCAAUCUUCUAUUCUUUGAUUAUGCCCAUCGCUUAUGAGUUCAAUCCCGAGAUUGUAUUCGUUUCAUCUGGCUUCGAUGCUGCUGUUGGCGAUCCAGAGGGUAAAAUGUGGAUUAGUCCAGCCUGCUACGGCCAUAUGACUCACCAGCUUCGAACCUUAGCUGAUGGAAAAUUGGUCGUUGUUCUCGAGGGUGGAUACUUCAUUGAGAGUCUUGAAGAAGGCUGUGUUCAAGUUCUCAAGGCUCUUCUAGGUGAUUAUAUCGCCCCACUUCAAAACUUGAGUCCUCCAUCUAAAAGUAUACGGUGCACUAUUUCUUCAUCCAUCAUAGCCCUUCGUGAAUUCUGGCAGUGUCUAGGUUUAGUCGAGUUGAGCCUAUGUUCCACUCGUCCUGAUAUCUCGCGAUUUCCGCCAAAUUCAUGGCCUUUGGUAAAGAAAGUGGUUUGGCCAGAAAAGAACCCAGUACUUCCUCAAUCUGUCAUUGUCCAAUGUCGAAAGAUGCUUUACGAUUUCACGGCAGCAUCAUGUAAUAAGUCUAAUAAAUUGGAUCUCAUUAUUGUGCUCCCCUCAUUCCUCCUACAGAAUGGCCUCAGCGAAGGACCUUUUAAUAGGUGGUCAAAAGACUUAACUCUCAACAGCCGGAUUCAGUUAUAUGAAGCGACUCAAACAGAUUCAGCAGAUGAAGAGACUGUGACACCCAAGAAAAAGUCCCGGUUUAGCAAGUCUAGCUCAUCUUGGAGAAGUUCUACUUGUAACCUCUCCGAAUCGUUGGAGAAUGCAGUGGAAAAAUUGGCUAAAGACGGGCCCAGGGUAGCUCUGAUAAUAGCAGAGUGUAUUUCACUGGGUAAACUGAUCUCCUCCUUCAAUGAAACCAAAAUAAAUGCCAAUGGGAGUGAGAAGAAUCUCUCAUAUCGGAGCCUGUUGGAGAAAUCUUCCCCCAGGUCAACGCGUUUCAAGAGGAGAAGGAGUAGUCUUAAAACAAAUACAGAGUCGCCCAAUCUUCAUCAUGUAGAAUUCGCAACUAAAAUUCUCUAUCUCGAUCUGGUAUUGGGGAAGGAGUUAAGCCCUGACAUUUUCGGCGACUUAAAAUCACCGAAAAAAGCCAGUGAUUCGGCUUACAAAUUAACAAGGUAUUAG